AUGGAAGAAAUCAAUGAAUCUGUCAAUGCUGUAGAGCAUUCAGAUGCUAACCAUUUAUAGUCUCAAAAUUUAGUUGAUAUAUAAAAUAUUGAAUAAGUAGAGCCAGUUGAAAUAAAUGAGACCAAAUAAGACAUUGAUGAUAAUAGCAAGGCAGAAGUUGACGAUGUUAAGGAAAAUGAUGAGGAUUAAUAGUUUGACCCUAAUGAUUUGAACAGAGAGAAAUUUGAUUACGUUGUAUUUGGAAGUGGACUAACUGAGAAUAUACUAGGAGCAGCAUUAGCGAUUUCUGGGUAGAAGUGCUUAUUUCUUGAUCAGGCAGACAGAUAUGGUGGAAACAUUUUGAACUUUAAUCUUGAGCACUACUUUAACUAUAACCUACAGCCAAAGUAAGUUCUUAGUAGUAAUUAAUAUCCUAGGAUCUUGUAUUCAAAAUCAAUAAGUGUGAGUGAGCUGAUCAGAAGCGGAGUAAACAACUACCUUGAAUUCCAAAGUGUCGCUGAGAACUUUUUCUUUGCUAAUGGCACUUUCCAAAAGAUUCCCUUCUCUAAAUCAGAGGUGUUCUCAUCAUCAUUGCUUACAUUUAAGGAGAAGAGGUAGCUAGUGAAAGUCAUGGAGGCUUGCUUAGCAGGUUAUGAUAAGAUUGCUCAGAGGGAAAUAACCAAGGAAAAGAUUAACUCCACUCACACAUUCGAAAAGGAGAUUGACAUCAACUUAGAGGAGCAGGCUAAGAUACUUGACAACAAAGACAAACCAAUCAGAAGUUUCCUAGAAUCGAUGGGCAUUGAAAAGAAAAUGCAGGAUAUUUUGUUGUAUGCAAUUGGGGGUAUUAAUGAGAAUCAAUUUGUUGACGAGCAGAUCAACUUAGAAAAGAUCACUACAUUCUAGUUCUUUGAAAGGAUACAGAAGUACUUGAGAUCAAUAGGCUAUUACGGUGAUUCCCCAUUUAUGGUCUGUGUCUAUGGCACUAGCGAGUAUUCCCAGGCUUUUUCAAGAGCUGGAUCAAUACAUGGAUGUAUUUACAUAGUAAAUGAUGAACUUAAGAUGAGUGAUUUGGAGUUCUCUGAUAAGGAAGAAAGUAAAAAGGGAUUUGAUAGAAUUACUAUCAGCUAUAAUACUAAUCCAAUAAUUGCCAAAAAAGGUAUCAUAGUGGGACCUGAAUAUCAGUCUUGGAUAAUCAAGCAAGCUGGAGUAGAGAUUAAAUAAGCCAGAAAAGUACAGGCAAGUAUUAUGAGAUUGGCAAUAAUAACGAAGAAACCUUUAAUGGAAAAUCAACAUGAACUGGCUACCUACGUUAUCCCACCAAUGACUGAAGGCUUUAAUAAUCCAAACCCUGUGAGAGUGUUUUAAUCGAAUGACUAUACCUAUGCUGUACCAUCCAAGCACUAUCUGAUACUAGCCUCAAUGUCUAUCAAGCCAAAUCCAACAGAUGAAGAAAUGAAUACAAACAAAUAAGUUUUUAGGCAGUUCCUUAAGUAAUUUUAUGACUAUGAAUGGGAUCACUCAGAUCUCAAUAAGGACAUCUACAUUGUUGAAUAAGUCAAGGAAACUCCAAUUCAAGAGAAUGUUGAGGGAAAUUUAGAUAAAGAAGAAGUUAAGCCAGAGAAGACUGAUGAAGUUGUGCAUGAGCAGUAAUAGAAAUAAGAAGAAUCUAAAACAGAUUAAUAGCUGUAAGAGAGUGAUAUCAUAUUCGCAGUGAUGUAUGUGCAGGAUUACAAGCAAGACUUGGACGACUUAGAGAAGCAAAAUUUCAGCAAUACUACAUUUAUCAAGGACACGCCCUUUGACACAGAUAUCGACCAAGCCUUUAACGAGGCUUAGAGUCUGUUUUAUGAGAAGCUCGGGAAUAAAGACUUGAAGUUCCUGCAGAGAUCAGACGAAGAAGAGGAAAAGUAUCGAGAGAUGCAUAACUACGACGAGGAUGAUGACAGUGAUGAAGAUAAGGUAAUCGCUGACUUAGAGACAAACAUGGUUUCUAAUAACGCAACCAACACACCUGCUACCUUGAAUGAAGAGCCUGAAAGUGAAAAAUUGGAUUAGCUAAAGCAAGAUGGAGAAGUUGAUACUAAGAAGGUAGAAGACUAGAUGCUAGAUGAUCUGUUAGAUGAUCUUAUUGGUGAUAACGAAGAUUGA